AUGUCUGAAUUUCUGAACGAGAAUCCUGACAUACUGGAGGAGAACCAACUUCCCACCAGAAAAGAAGAUAGUGCCAAGGACCUCUUGCUAGGAGGUUUCAGCAAUGAGACUACGGUCAAGAGGAGGAGGCUUUUGUUAAAGAUAGAUCAUUCAUUAAAGUCCCAAGUGUUACAGGAUAUAGAGUUAUUGGAUAAGCUUCUUUCUAUUCGAACUCCACCAGAAUUAACUUCCGAUGAAGAUAGUUUGCCAGAAGAAAGUGAAGCAGAAUCCGUAACAAGCCAAAAAAAUGAAGAAGAGUCUGAACUUAUUGAUGCUCAAGAAAUAUACGAUUUGAUUGCGCAUAUUUCAGACCCUGAACACCCGCUGAGUCUUGGGCAACUCUCUGUUGUAAAUCUGGAAGACAUUGACGUUCAUGAUUCAGGUAACCAGGAUGAAAUGGCCGAAGUUGUGAUCAGAAUAACACCAACAAUAACACAUUGCUCUCUAGCAACCUUGAUUGGUCUGGGGAUACGAGUUAGGCUGGAAAGAUCUCUUCCUCCAAGAUUUAGAAUAACAAUUUUGCUGAAGAAGGGUACUCAUGACAGUGAGAAUCAGGUAAACAAGCAGUUAAAUGAUAAAGAGCGUGUGGCAGCUGCAUGCGAGAAUGAUCAGUUGCUAGGCGUGGUCUCUAAGAUGUUGGUAACUUGCAAGUAA